AUGACGAUUCCCGAGGAAAGAUGCCAGGAAAAGAUCUCGAGCAACAAGGAUCGCUAUAGGGACAUUCAAAGGGCCGAAGCGGUCAAUGGAGCUUACGAAGUGUACGAGAAAGGAAUGAGGCGUGACUUUGUCGAGAGUUUGGAGAAGAACAAGAAAGCUGAGUUUGUGAGAGAACGCCACGAGAAAGCUUUCCCGGAGGCGAUGAAGCAUUUUGAAAAUGUUGUCCAAGACUUUCUUGAUGAGCCCGAUCUGAUCGAGUACAAGCGCAACUUGCUCAACGAGAUGAUUCAGGCUCGAUAUGAGGACUUGCAACAAGACAACGCCAUUCAGCACCUUCACCAACAGGUUGACGAGAUGUUCCAAAGAUUGGUGGAAGAGCAUUGGAAAGCGUUGAAAGAACACGUCGCCACAAUCAAAGAUGAGUCUGAGAUCGAAGAGGCGAUCGAUGCCUGUCAGAAUCUACUCCGGGGAAAGUACGGGAUCAAAAAGGCUGAAUUCGUUGCCGAUGUGGUGAUUGCUUUCCCCAGAAUCUCUCCCGAAAUGGUCGAGCCUCUGUUAGACAACUUCAGGGACAGUCAAUUGGCUCAAUUCAAGAAAUGCGAGGACAGCUUCGAGAUGGAGGUUCGCUACAAUUUGAAAGUCGGCACGCUGAACAAACAAAUGGAGGUUCUCCAUUUGAAGCAAGCUGAAGACAAGAAAAGAUUGGAAUCACUUGAAGAGGAAACAAAUGCUCAAAUCGGAGAGAUGAACGAGGUGAUGGAACGGCAGCGACAGGCACACGAGGCCGAAAUGGCCGCCAUCUGUAACCCGCCCCCGCCACAAUACAAGAAGAAGAGUUGCUCAAUUAUG